GUUGUACUUUCCUUUCAAGACUAAAACUUUGCACAACAGAAAGGAACGCACCCUUUUGGUCAUUAGCUUGUUGUUCGUCACGUGCUGUACUACGCGGACGACAAGGUUGCUCAUUUUUUUAUUUCUCACUGGACAAGGAAUCGAAUGUUGUAUGUAUGACAAGGGCCACUGAAUUGACAGACACUUGUACAUGUCAUGAUUAACCUGCGACAGAAACGCUCAUAUAGCUGGGGAUAUCUCAGCAAGUUUAUAUCCCAAGCGUUCCCAAGUCUCAAUCAUCGAGGCUCUGUCUACUACCAGAGAGCCGUCUCUCUUGCUGUAUUAUUUGCCAUUGUAUCAGUUAUAUUCCAUCGUUGCCCAUCAUGAAUCGCGGAACGGUCGCCAUCGCUGUUGUGCAACACCAAGUGAUGAUCAUACAACUCGUACAAGCCGCAUCGGGCCACUCUCACCGUCGUAGCGACCGAUGGUUAGAUGUGUACACUUAUACGCCUUUUGGCGAUCACCUGUUCCUAGCUUCAUCUGUCCCUCAGGCGCGCAUCGCCCCCUCAGAUCUCCUUACCGUCUUCCCGUUUCGCACUACCACCACGGAUAUGAUUGAACUGCCUGCACAGGAAUAUCAGGAGUUCCUGCAGUUCAAAGCCAAACAUCAGAAGGAACAGGAGAAUUUGUGGCGUGCUUGGAAAGCCAAGUUGCGCUGAAUAUGGUCCGUUCUAUGGAAGACGUCGAUUUAUUUUGCGUGCUGUGGUCAGCUGAGCAAGACUACACGGAAUUACUUGUAUUUUUAACACUUUAUCAUCUCCCCGUCCCGAAUUGUAGCUAGAACUAGAUACCACCUCACAUUAUGAUACACACUGUCACACUGUAGCCUUAGUACCUGGAUG